GUCCGGAAGUGUAGUUUUGAGUAGUCAAAUGAAAAAUGCCGUCAUCAUACAUCAGAAGACAGAGCCGAGCAGCCUCCGGUAGACCCAGCUGGAGUAUGGGAAACUGAAGCAGGGCACAGGGAAGGACUGAACACUGGAAAGGGCCACUGUGGACACCCUCGCUGGGAGCAGUGUAACGCUGUGGAGUGGACUAAAACACAGUGGCCCGCUAACAUUAGCAUCUCAUAGUGCGGGAUAAGAAAGACCAGAGCCGGGGGAUUUAAUAAUGGGAACUAAAGGUGGGGGUGCUGGCAACACCGGAGCGAAUGUGUACCAACAUAGAGAUGUGCUGUGAAUGUGACACCGAAGGAAAUACAAGCGUACGUCGACUAGCUAAUGUUAGCUAGCUAGCCGGCCAGUGGAGCAGCUUCAUGUAAGCCUCGUCCCCUUUCAAGAUGCAAGCCGCGCCGACUUGUUCGGGAAGACAUGUGAGAGGAUGAUGGCUGAAGGAUAACAUCUAAGAAGUCACAUUCCCUUAACCCAAAGUGACCCCCUCUGCCCUCCCCCCUCCCUGUCUGUGAACCUUUAUUUGCACUGUUGCGCCCCAUCGUCACUGAACUUCUGCCUGCGUCAGCUCGUUGCCACAUCUCUAUGGGAUUUCAUGGAGAACAGGCACUGCUCACUGAGAUCAUGAAAAUGAAUGUGAAAUUGGACAGUCCAGCUCCUGACACCCUCCUGAUCAAAAGACAGGAUGACUCUCAUAUUCUAGAUGUGUAUCUAUAAAUAGAUGGUGAUUGGAUUUCAACAACGUCCUGCAUAUGCAAGACUGCAGACUGUAGGAUUCUUAGACUGGUCCUAUUACUUGUUCCCUACCUUUACUCUUUUCCACAACCCAUCCCUUUUUAGUGUCAUUGGGCCAUGGUUCGCAAGAAAGGUUCCCUUAUACUAUGCGGUGCUUUCCUUUUUGUCGCCUGGAACGCUUUGCUUCUACUGUAUCUUUGGGGUCGCCCGCCGAUCGGCCGCCUCGGAGAAGGCGGUGGAGCCGAGCCAGGAGGAAAGGAGGAGUGGGGCGUGGGCAGAGGGAAAGCAGGUGGGGUGAACCUGGCCGGGGAGGUGAUCCGCCUGGCAGAGGAGGUGGAAGUUCAGCUUGAGACCCAGAAGAAACUACUGAAGCAAAUCGAGAGCCACAGAGCAGUGUGGGCCCGCCAGAAAGAUGUCGGGAAAAGAGAAACCGAUGAUACAAAAGAAGUCAAAGAGGUGGUCGUCCACCAGCCGGCGAACUCUCCAGUUUCCGUAAAGCCCAAUGUAGAUAACACGGAGCACAGUGAAGAAAAACCCACACAGAAGCCCCUUCCCACAGCUGCUCAGAAUUCUAAAGUAGAACAGCCCCAGACUGUUGAAAAACAGGAAGAGGUUGUUGAGGACAAUAAGUCUGUGACUACGACUGCUACUCCAGAGGUGGUGAUUCCCAUUCUAGUCAUCGCUUGUGACAGAGUGACGGUAAAACGUAGCUUAGACAAACUGAUCCAGUACCGCCCCUCUCCAAAACUCUACCCCAUUAUUGUCAGCCAGGACUGCGGCCACACUGAGACAGCCCGUGUGAUUGACUCAUACGGUGAUCAGCUGACACACAUUUCCCAACCAGACCUGGCGGACAUUAGGGUCCGACCUGAACACAGGAAGUUCCAGGGCUACUACAAGAUUGCCCGACAUUACCGCUGGGCACUGAACCAGGUGUUCAACACUUUCUCCCAUUCCACUGUGGUCAUAGUGGAGGAUGACCUGGAGGUGGCCCCAGACUUCUUCGAGUACUUCCGGGCCCUGUAUCCAAUUCUGAGAGGUGACCCGUCCCUCUGGUGUGUGUCCGCCUGGAACGAUAACGGCAGAGACGCCUUGGUGGACCCUUCAAAAGCCGAGCUCCUCUACAGAACAGACUUCUUCCCCGGUCUGGGUUGGAUGCUCCUGAAGGAGAUGUGGAAUGAACUGGAACCCAAGUGGCCCUCUGCCUUCUGGGACGACUGGAUGCGUCAGCCAGAGCAGCGCAAGGACCGGUCCUGCAUCCGGCCUGAAAUCUCCCGGACUAUCACCUUUGGCCGGAAAGGCGUCAGUUUAGGUCAAUUCUUUGACCAGUACCUUCGCUAUAUUAAGCUAAACACUGAAUUUGUGCCUUUUACCAAACAGGAUUUAUCUUAUUUGCUAAAAGAGAAGUAUGAUGAAAAGUUUAUUAUAGAGGUUUACAGUGCCCCAUUAGUAAAGAUUGAGGACCUGCAACAAGGGGGCGGUUUAAGAGGACCUGGGCCAUACAGGGUGCAGUACUCCAGCCGGGACAGUUUUAAGGUCUUUGCCCGAAAUCUUGGGGCAAUGGAUGACCUAAAAUCUGGAGUUCCUCGUACAGGCUACAGAGGUGUGGUCAGUUUCCUGUACAGGGGUCGAAGAGUGUUCUUGGCUCCACCAGAGGGAUGGACACAGUAUGAUAUCAGCUGGAGCUGAGAACCUGAUCCAGACUGGACAUUGUGAAUGGUGUUGAAGAGGGAAGAGAGCCUUACUCAGAGGAACACCCUCUUAGACCAAAGAAUAUGGCAGAUACAAUGCUUCAUGAAGAUAAGAUAUUACAGCCGCUGAGACGGGCUGCAUAUCAGUGGAUCAUCGGGGAAGUGUUGACCUGGGCCUGAAUUUCAGGAUCUUCUAAGUUAGGGUGCUUAUUCAGGACUGGGAAGUUCAAUGGCCACGUGGAUUCCACAGUUUUGAGAAAGGAAAAUUCCACCCUUAAACACUGUUCAACACAGCUAUCGGCAACGUGCCUUGCUUUCUGGGCCCAUUUGUUUGGUGUAUUUUUUAUUCCUGUCAAUAAAUGGCCAAAUGUAGAGUUAACAUCACAUGCAGACAUUUGCAGCAGAAAAGUGGAGUUUGAUGGUAGAAAAAGGGGUGAAGUUACAACCAGGAAGGUUCAUUUGAGUUUGACUAUCAGUCAUUAAUACAGUGAUAUUUCACAGGAGGCUGAGAAGAAGCAGAGGGAUCAUCUCUGCCUUCUUGUUGAAGUGUGUAUAAAAUCUUGGGUCAUUGGUUUUAGGUUGUGUUUUUAUUUUUAAGCUGUCACCUUAAAAAAUCAAGAACAGUGAGUGAUCCAACUUGGAUCAUGUUUCUGUUCCAGUCCAUAAAAGUAAUCAGAAGCAGAGCUGUGUGCAAAAGAAAAUGAAGGCUCCUUUCUAGGUUUUAGGUGGUAAACGGGUCAGACUUAGUAUUGUACCAGGUUAAUUAUUUAUGCCGGAUGAUUAAAGUAAACAUGAAAUGAUACUCGCAGAGCAGUUCUACCAACGUUCCCACUAACAAACAGCCCCUGAUCCAGGACUAUCAUCCUGCACAUCACUGUUCUACCACUUCCACAACUCUGACGUCUUAGUCUCUGACUAGCAAACAAGGUUUCUUUGGAGAACAAUGUUGAUAAUGCAAAUGAAGCCGGUCUUCUAGUCCUACACCACCCUGUUCAUCUUCUUUUUUGCCACCCAAAUACGUCAGUUUCUUUGAAUGAGAAGUAUAGAAUGGUGAUGUGUUCUGUGUGAUGCUGGAUCAGGGCUACAUCUGUGGUAGCUCCUGAAGUGUCUUGAGGACUUUUGUCCACUUUUCCUGAAGGAUGUAAUUUAAGUGACAAGUUUGAGAGAGUUCAAGCAAAAAAAAAACAACAUUUAUAUGAUGUUUUUUAUGUGACAACAGAGAGCGAUGGGGGUGGAGAUUCUCUUUAAUUGUCAGCAGUGCUGUCCGACACUAAACGCAUAAACCAGAGGUGACUCACAGUGUCAGGGCCUCAGUAUGCUUCAGACAAAUUAUACGACAUGUUGUCAGACCUCUGAAAAGUCCAAAUGUGUCUGCCUGUGCAGAGCAGCUCCACAGUCGGUCUCAGCUCCAAGACAUUUAUGUUGCUGUUUUCAUAUAAAAGCUGAAUCCAAAUGAACCCCCUCUGGGCUGAUGAACCAGGCCUUCAUACAGCUCACACACUGGCAUCUGGGGAAAGAGCUCUGCCAUGAAAGAAAAUAUAAAAUCAGCGAGUACCUAAUGGCAGUUUAGCAAAAGCAUUACUUCAAGUACAUCAAUUUUAGCUUGGCAUAAAAAAGAUGCUUCCAAAAAAAAUGAAAUAUGGGUAGUCCAAUUGAUGUUGAGUUUUUUGAAUUGACAAAAAAAUGAAGUGCAAAGAAGUCCAGACAUCUGGAUUCAGCCAAUGUGACCAAAGUAGUUGUGAAGAACAGAAAAAAACUGCCUGCUUUUACACCUCCACACAGCUGGACCCAUGUCAGUGUUGAAAGCUACAAAGCCAGACAGCCUACAUGUGAAGACCACUUGUUUGAAGCGUACUGAGACCUUUAUGGUUGCUCUCUGGCUCCAGCUGCUCUUAAAAGAUCCUCUUUUUUUUUUUGUUUCCUAAACCUCGCUCUAAGUCAAAGAGAACUGCUUUGCUGAAGAAAAGAACACGUUAAUGCUAAAUAUCUGCAUUUGGGUCACACCACUCACUGCGGGGCAAUGAACUCAGUGUCUAAAUAUGUUGGAAAUUGUUAAUAUGAAGGAUAUUUUCAAAUGAUUUAACUGUCGAACUUAAAAGUUGUAACAGGGUUGCGUGAGUCUGACACGAUGCCCUGAUUAUGUAAUGACAUGACAUCCAAACUGUAGUUUGGUCAGGCUUAGGUUUGUUGAAAAACCAGUGAUUGUUGGAUAGUUUCUGUGAGUCUCUGCAACAAGAAGGCUGAUGGUUGGCUAAAGAAAUGAUUAUCACUGUACUGUAUUUAGCUUUGGGAGAUUAUCCACAAGAAUGGUUGAUUCCCUUGUCUGUAUGGUGAUGUGUACAACCACUGCCUGAUGUGUUUAUAACUUUAAUACAUUAUAAAUAAAAUCAACUAUUUUGAUAUUUGUC